AUGCGCGGGCUCUUCGUCCUGCUUUUCCUCUUUGCCUCGAUCUUCCAUGGCGCUUUAGCCGCGCGAGGAAAUCCCUCAACGGCGGAGGAGGAGCACAGGUUCGAGAUCGAACGAUACCCUCCUUACGAGCGCCAAGACUAUGUGCGAAGAUUCCGUGAACACGUACACAACGAUCUUGGUCUUACUCAAGUGCGGCUGGGAAACGUGAGAGAUGCUCCAGUCACUUCCGACCAGCUGGCCUCCCACCUGAUCCUCGACAAGCACCAGCGUCGACUGAUCUAUCUCGGUCACACGGAACCCCAACUCUCAGACAUGGUCAUCGCUUCCCCGCUCAGCGGAGGUACGUCAGACGAUUCCAAGUUGUUUUCGAUCUUCAGUGCUCACAAGAACCCUCAGAGAGCUGGUCAUGCCAAGCUCAAGGCUUAUGGCUUCAUCAAGGUUGAGAAUCCAGGUCCCCUCUUGCAGCACAUGGACAACGCCCGCGGCACUCAAGGACUAGCGCUCGAAAAAGGCCAUGUACUCAAGCUGGGAGAAAUGCUCGAUGAGCUCCCCAUGCUCUUCCCGCCAGGCUGGAAUGGAAGGCCUCCACUCCGCUGA